UUAUUUAUCAUGUUAUAAAUAAGGUAUCCGAACCGAAUAAGACCCACUUAUUUUAUUUUUAAAAACUCUUUUGAUGAGAAUAUUAAAAUAAACUAAACAAAAAUAAAAUCUUUAUUUCAAUUAGAAAAAUAAGAUACAUCCUAUACAUGUUAUAUAUUAUCACUAAGCCUAUUGUUUACGUUAGAGAGACGAGAUUCAGCGGUCGAAUUGAAGUGUACUUCUAAUAGCAAGCAAGUCGAAACAAUAUUUCGCAAAGAGGAUGAGCGUAUUUUGAUAUAAUAAAAGAGCUCCCAAGCGAAGGAAUAACAUUAGUAGACGUGUCAGAAGAUACGUUGCUUCAAGAUGGUGAGCGCUGCUCUUCUCCCGUUCUUCGUAGGUAAGUUAACUGAUCAAAAAAUCAGCCAACAAAUUAUUGGAGAAAAAUUAAGAUCCUGUAGCUAAUCCAAAAUUGGACAUGAUACAACUUUGAAAGAUCAAUUAGAAAGAUUAAUUUUUAUAAAUUAUUACAGUAAAUGAUGAGAUAUUUCAACAUUGUACCUGACCAAAUGUUUUCUUUAUUUUUUUUAGCGGUCGAGUUGUUCAAUCCAAACAUUUCACAAAGUCAUUUUAAUCCAGACUAUACCUUCAAACUGAAUAAAACCACUACAGUAUUCAGGGAGCCUCUUCAUAUUAUACAACUUACUGCUACAAUCGUAUGUCGUUUGUCCGCACAGAACGUGUACGUUACCUGUGUUUUACGUGAUAUCAUGUAUGAGUCGUUCUUAAAAUACAUAACUCUCAAUGAGCCAACUUAUAUCGCAAGAGAGAUAAUUCCCGACGAAAAUAACAAAGACUGGUUUCGAAUUAAGUUUAAUAACACUGGUGUAGAAAAAAUAUUGGUGUCUAGAGCUUGUGAUAAAAGAGAUAUUAUUAAAGAGAUUGCUAGUCAAUUUAACAUGGGUAACGAACUGAAUUUAAGAGAAUCGUCUAGAUUUUGGGACGAUCAAUUCGAAGCAAAGGAAACGACACUAGCAGGCCGUUGUAACACCAGAUAUAUGAUACGUAUGAGAGGAAAAGAGAAUGAAAGACAAGACACUCAUUUCCGAGUUGUAUUUCCAGAUAUAAACUUCGAAGAGACUAAAUAUGUAGAAAUUGAGAAGAUUAGAAGUAAGUGCGAAUAUUCAAAGGGAUUUUUCGAUUUCUUGAACGGAUUGGAAGUGACACAAUAUAGCCAUUCAAUGAAAGUGUUUGAUGAUCAAUUUCAAAUAUCCACUAUAAUGAAUGUGGAAUUACCAGCUGACCCAUGGAACGAAAAAUAUAAACGUGUGUUUAAGGAAACAACAUUGCUAAAUCUAACUAACGUUGAACCUCAACAUUCAAACAAUCUACGAACUCCUUACAAUAAUUUCUGGACUGAUACAUUAAGAUUAUAAUCAAAUAUAGAAUUGUAGUUGUAUCUCAUCCAUUUUUAGACUAGCCACAAAAUCUUAAUUUCUUCUAAAAAGUAUGAAGUAUUAUGUUGUAUAAUAUGUUAUCUUAAUUCAAACACCCAUGUAUUCUAAAAAAAAACUUAGUAAAUGAUACAUUUCAUGUGAUA